UCUCUACUUUUUCCUUCGCCAUUAAGUCUUCACCUUCACCUUCUUCAUCCGUUUUCCUCUUCUCUGCAACUCCAUUUCCCUCCACUUCGGCCAAGAACAAGAACCUCUUUCUUCAUCCUUCUUCAAUGGCGGAAUCGGACGUUCCCGCCAAACCUCCAAAUCUGCCGCCAAGGAAAGAUCAGGCUACUCCAAGUAAGUUCAAUAGCCAUAUCUUGUAUAAAAUUUUAAUGGCGAUUUUCUUUCUAGUGAUUCUCCCUCUAGUCCCUUCCCAAGCCCCUGAGUUUGUUAAUCAAACUUUACUCACUAGAACUUGGGAGCUUCUGCACCUUCUUUUCGUCGGAAUCGCUGUUUCUUACGGCCUUUUUAGCCGGAGAAAUGAUGAGAAAGAGGAUGAAAUUAAUGGCUCUAAUUUUGAUAAUGUUCAGUCUUAUGUUUCUGGUUUGCUUCAUGUUUCGUCUGUUUUUGAUGAUGAGGCUGAAACUCCAUCUGCUAAUGAUGAAUCCGUGUCUUUGUCUGAUGGAAAUAAGGUCCAAACAUGGAGUAAUAGGUAUUUUAGGAAUGAGUCUGUGGUUGUUGCUGAAGAGAGUCCUGUUGUUAAUGAGCAGAGAGUUAGGAGUGAGAAGCCUCUGCUUCUUCCUGUUCGUAGCUUGAAUUCUCAAGUUGUUGUAGACGAUGAGUCUAGAACUGUUUCUGGAUCUACGUCCAGAGUGAGUUCGAGAAGAUUAUUGAGCGAUUCGAAGAGGAGUUCGAAUGGGGAGUUUGGGAGAGUGAAUCUUGAAGGAAUUGAGGAUAAUUUGAACGAAAAUGUCGUUCUUCCAUCCCCGGUUCCAUGGCGAUCGAGAUCGGGGAGGACGGAGGUGCAAGAAGAAGCUGAUAAUCCCCCCGUGUAUUCCCCUGCUGUUCCCAUGGAGGAAUCUGAAUCGAAUUGGAUCGAUUCUAGGUCUUCUAGGCCUCAAACUUCAAGGUCCUCCGAAGCCAGUGCCAUUAAGCUAUCUCCUUCUCCUCCUCCAUCUCCGUCUCCAAGGAAGCCAUCUCCUUCGCCCAAUGCAUUGCCAGAAUUAAAGGCCAAGAGUGCUGAGGAUUUGGUAAGGAAGAAGAGCUUCUACCGGUCUCCUCCGCCUCCGCCUCCGCCGCCUCCUCCACCCCCGCCACAUGUUCGAAGAAUUGCCUCAAUGAAACCAAGCUCUUGGUUGAACGACAAUGAUGUACCUCAUCAAAAGGAUUUGAAGAGAAGCGUCACUACUAGCAAGCCCAGAAGAUCAAUUCGUGAUACAGGAGAUUACAUUGAUAUGGUGAUGAGUACUAACUCAAGUGCUGAAGCACCGCCAAGAAAUUAUGAUGAUAGUCUAUCAAUGGGGAAAUCUAUUAGAAAAAUCAGACAUGGAGAAGUUGCGAAUGAGCCACCAAGAAGGGGGAGAGAAUUUGGUGGAAAUGAUCAGUUGAAGGGGAAGAUGAUAGAUCAGAACGCCCAUGUCCAAGCUUUUGAAGAAAACCCCAUUGAGUUUCCAGAUGACAAUAAAAAAGAACUGGUUGAAAAGCUCGGCAUGGAGACCGACGACGACGACGACGACAUGGAAAGCGAGGAAGAAGACAAUAACAUGGUGGGGAAGUUUAUUAGGGAAGACAAUGGAGAACCUUUUAAUGUGAACCGUAGAGACAACGAAAGAAGUUCAAGUAAUGAAGAAGCAGGAGGCUCUAGCAAUCUGAGCAAUGAUGGAGGACCAGAUGUAGAUAAGAAGGCUGAUGAGUUCAUUGCCAAAUUCAGAGAGCAAAUCAGGCUUCAAAGGAUUGAAUCAAUCAAACGAUCAACUGGACAAAUUCGUAGAAACACUUCAAAGCAAACUUGAAGUUGAAGGAAUACAUCUAACCCUUCUUCAGUAAGUUCAUCAAAAUUUGAACUCCAGAUCAUUCAACUGACAUUACAUGAUUUUCUUCUUUGAUCAUCAAGUUCAAUUCCAGGUAAGUGUUUCAUCUUCUCCAAAUAUGAAAGAUUCUAUAUUUCAUCAGGCAUCUUCCCAUUAGUGUUUGUUGAUCUGCAGCUGAAACAACUUUAGUUAUAUGAAUUAGAUAGACUUGGUUGUUUCACUUCAUCACAUAUUUCUUUCUAUAUAUUUGGAUAUAGAACUUUUAGCACAACUUUUAACCCA